AUGGCGGCCCAGCUCCCCGCGUGUGUGGUGGACUGUGGCACGGGGUACACAAAGCUUGGUUAUGCUGGAAACACGGAGCCGCAGUUUAUCAUUCCUUCAUGUAUCGCAAUCAAAGAGUCUGCUAAAGUGGGGGACCAGGCCCAGCGCCGGAUGAUGAAGGGAGUGGAUGACCUGGACUUUUUCAUCGGGGACGAGGCCAUAGAGAAGCCCUCCUACUCCACCAAGUGGCCCAUCCGUCAUGGGAUUGUGGAGGACUGGGACCUGAUGGAGCGCUUCAUGGAGCAGAUUAUCUUCAAGUAUCUGCGGGCAGAGCCUGAAGACCAUUACUUCCUGUUGACAGAGCCUCCUCUGAACACUCCGGAGAACAGAGAAUACACAGCAGAGAUCAUGUUUGAGUCCUUCAAUGUUCCCGGUCUCUACAUCGCUGUGCAGGCCGUGCUGGCGUUGGCCGCAUCCUGGACGUCCCGUCAGGUGGGAGAGAGGACUCUGACCGGGACCGUGAUCGACAGCGGAGAUGGGGUCACACACGUCAUCCCUGUGGCCGAGGGCUACGUCAUCGGCAGCUGCAUAAAGCACAUCCCCAUCGCCGGCCGGGACAUCACCUACUUCAUCCAGCAGCUGCUGCGGGAGCGAGAGGUGGGCAUCCCCCCGGAGCAGAGCCUGGAGACCGCCAAGGCCGUCAAAGAGCGCUACAGCUACGUGUGUCCCGACCUGGUCAAGGAGUUCCAGAAGUACGACACAGACGGCUCCAAGUGGAUCAAGCAGUUCAGCGGCGUCAACGCCAUCACCAAGAAGGAGUUCAACAUCGACGUGGGCUACGAGCGCUUCCUGGGGCCAGAGAUCUUCUUCCACCCAGAGUUUGCCAACCCGGACUUCACUCAGCCCAUCUCUGAGGUGGUGGACGAGGUGAUCCAGAACUGCCCCAUAGACGUGCGCCGACCCCUGUACAAGAACGUGGUGCUGUCUGGGGGGUCCACCAUGUUCCGGGACUUCGGGCGGCGGCUGCAGCGAGACCUGAAGCGGUCGGUGGACGCACGGCUCAAGAUCAGCGAGGAACUCAGCGGCGGCAAACUCAAGCCCAAGCCCAUGGACGUCCAGGUGGUCACUCAUCACAUGCAGAGAUACGCCGUGUGGUUCGGAGGCUCCAUGUUGGCGUCAACCCCUGAGUUCUACCAAGUGUGCCACACCAAGAAGGACUACGAGGAGAUCGGGCCGAGCAUCUGUCGCCACAACCCCGUCUUUGGAGUCAUGUCCUAG